CACUUACGUGGUGGAAGUAAAGUAAAUAUCACAUAUAUCAUGGCUACUGGACAGGGAAAAGUGUUAAGUCUCUUCGAGGUGGCAAGUGAAAAAAUAGCUAAUGCACAGAAGCUUAUGGACGAAGCUAAGGACUUACUGAAGCAAGACCUCGACAAUGCAAGACAAGAGAAAGCGGCCAUCGAGGAGAUCACAAAAACAUUGAACCAAAUUCACUUUGCCAGCAAGAUCAAGUUAAAUGUUGGUGGUAAAAUUUAUAAAACAACACUAGAUACUCUGAGAAAGGAUCCAGAUUCUAUGCUUUGUGCGAUGUUCUCUGGAAAGUUCGAUUUAAAAGCGGACGAGGAAGAUGGAGCAUAUUUCAUCGAUCGUGAUGGGAAACUGUUUCGGUACAUUUUAAACUUUCUCCGCAACGGUGAGCUCCUUCUCCCUAAUGACCGAAUCUUUAAAGAACAGUUGCUGAAAGAAGCCGAGUUCUACCAAGUUCAAGGAGUAAUUUCUCAGCUUAAACAGUUUUCAUCAUUAUUCUCCUCAAUAAUAAAGGAUGAAGUUUACAUAUCCUCGCUUACUUCGUGGCUGCCGUCUGGGGUUUCUUUUUCUCUGUUGUAUCGAGCUUCUGUCGAUGGAGCAACCCCCACUGAUUUUCACCGCUGCUGUGAUAACAAAGGUCCUACUCUCGUGGUGAUCAAAAGUGGUGAAAACGUCUGCGGUGGCUACACUUCAAAGUCGUGGGAACCAGCCUCCAGUUUGAAAGCCAUCGAAGACAGCGACUCUUUCCUGUUUACGCUGGUAAAUCCUUCUGGAAGUAAACCGAUGAUGAUAAAGCCAAAACAAGGUGCUAAGGGUGGUAUACGGUGUGACAUUAAGAAAGGUCCUUGUUUUGGAAUCCCAAAGUACUAUGACCUCGAAGUGUGGAAUGCAUUUAAUGCUACUAACCCACGAAACGCUUCGAGCCACCUCGAUCUAGGUUAUGGCUUUAUCCAUCCUGAAGGUGUUGAUAAGAGAGAGUAUUUCACUGGUAAUUCCCCAUUUGAAGUCUACGAACUCGAAGUAUUCAUGGUGAAUUUUAGUCUUAUUCAGAAUCCUUAAGCGUUGGAGCGUAUUCGUUACCUUUUUGCCGUCAAAUUAGCCUGUCCCAGGCAAUCAGUUUGUGAGAACGAGCGAAAGAGCUGAGUGCACGUACAUACCAAUGUAAAAACCAUUUUUUUAAUCGAGUAUUAUUUAGUAAACAAAACACAGAGAGCAUUCGAGGAAUAAUCCGUGGUGUGAAGGAUCAUAAAGUCAAUAGUAAGAGUACAUUUAAGUUACAAUAACAUAAUCUUUGAUAGGUUGUACUUUGAGAAGAUAAGAACUAAACUUUUUUAGUCCCAAAGGGAAAUAUGGGGAGAGCAGUUCUGGAGUACAAUUAUUUGAGAGAAUUGUGGCUCUCUUCUUCAACCCUGGCAUACUUUCUAUGAGCAGAAGUCCCAAGCUAGUUCACCUAGGUCGUUUCCAUUAGACUCUCAGGUGCCAUCCAUGUGGUUUACGGGCACAAAUUUUCGAUUACGAAUCGCUGGUCAGAAGGAAUUAGAUGAAUACGUUUUAAAUUUCCCUUUCGAUCAGCGUGGCAGAAGUGGUGAGGCACGGUCAUUAACCAAGAACUGGAACUGAACUUUUUCAAAGAAGAGUGCCAAAUAAACCGAAGCACAAAAAUGUACAGCCAUAGCUCGCGACUUAGCCAAUGCAAAAAUCUUUGAUGCACAAUAGUUUAUAGUCGAAGCAGGCGCUUAGAGUUCAGGCUCUUAGUAAAAAGGGACGGGUGAGAAAGCUGGGUCAGGGUGCGCAAUCAAAGUAAUGUAAGCACCAUCUUUUAAUUGAGUAUUGUUCAAAUAAUAAAAUUUUCAACGCUCUUGGAAUAAUCCAUAGUCUAACGAACCAUGAAUUUCAUGUUUAGUUUACGGUUUACAUAUCAUACCAUAAUCUUCGAUAGGUUUAACAUACAAUCUGUCACUCAGAGACGUUGAUAGAGUGCAACGCUAUUUAAAAAAUUUAGGUAUUCUUAACCCGGCAGACUUCCGGCAGAGUACCAAUGAUAUGAAAAAUUCACUUUGCUAGUUCCCUCAAGUCGUUUCCUUUAGACUCUCGGUUACUUAUUGUCGUGAAUGAGAAAUUAAGGGCCAGUUUUCCGUCAUUCUGGAGACCUAUCAAAGUAAAUUAAUUAUUAAGUAUUAAUUAUAUUGUGUGCUAUUAAUAACGAAAAUAUUGCCAUACUUAUGAGGCAAAAGAAAGGCUUGGGUAAUGACAGUUAUGGAAAUACUGCAUAUCCGUUUGUACAUUGAAUAUCUUGUACUUCCCAAGAUCUGAAUUUUAAUUCCUCCCUCUGCCUGCUAUACAUCUCCUUAAAAGUUGGUAAAGAGAAUUAAGAAUGUUAUCAAUCCUGGGUAAUAUUUUUAUCUAUUCUCCUCACUUGUUUGCCGCUACUAUAUUAUCAUCACAACUGGAAGUUCAAGUUUCAAGCCAGGGCAUCUGAUUCACAGCUCUACUGACUUUCAAGAUGCUGAAUAUUUCAUUGAUAAUCUACUGAAAGAGUUUGAUCUUAUAUCCAGAUAACGCCCACAGGCUUUUAUUUUGUUUAAU